AUGUGGUGGAUCACACUGAGUCUGGUGCUGCUCUACAGCGCCACCUUCAGUGUUUUUGGCUUACCUCCUGAUGUGAGCUGUAAAAACAGAGAGGGCAACGAUAUCGACUGGUUCAUCAUUUACAAAUCCCCUGUGGUGGAAUACAGGCGCACUGGUCUGAGUUACAUGUACUUCGACAUUUUGUUUCAGCCCCCAAGUUUCGGGUUUCUGAGCUACAGUGACCAGCCUCCAGGAGCCAGUGCCAACAUCAGACUGUUUGGACACAGCAAAGGUGUGGUGAUGGGGGACAUCAGUUCUCAGACUGCUCUGUGGAUCACUCACAGCACUCCUCAGUUCCCGUUCAGGAGGGACCAGAACCGUUUUUGGCCUGACAGUGGAAAUGUCAAUGGCCAGAGCUUCAUGUGUGUGUCUCUGCCUUUCUCUGAGCUCAAAGGUUUAGGGGAACAUCUACAGAACAUCCAGGCGUAUCCGUAUGAUUACGACCUUCCCGACACUUUUCCAGAUGAGUUGAAGAACGCAGCCAAAUGGGUCAAGUCCUCCACAAGUCAGAGCAAACUACGAGUAAUGCACACCAGAGGAAACCAGGAACUAAACCUUAUGGCCAAACCGCUCGGACACAAUGCUAGUGAUGGAGACCUGUACGUGAAGCUGGCCAAUGCAUUCAAUAGUGACAUGUCUGUUCAGACCUGGGGAUGCCAACGGGGAGGAGAUAAGAGCUUCUGCCCGACAGGGCAAUGGAAGGUGAUGAACGUGGAGGAGAUCAGCACAGCCCCGGCCACGUGGAAAACCGAGCAAGACCACUCCAAAUGGGGCGUGACCACCAGACAGAAUAUCGCCUGGACCUGUUUCGGAGACGUGAACCGAUCUGAGUCACAGUACCAGCGCUGGGGAGGAGCUCUGUGCAUCAACGACGCACAAGUCAACGAUGCCUUCAAGAAGUUCAUCAGUAAACAGCUGCCAUGUCGCAAACGCCCUCUGACCUGUCCCGACUCUGACUUGUUUGACGCUACCCGCACUGCCUCCUUUGGUUAAUGUCCAGAUCCCAGUCUGUCCCUGUGUUUCUGUGCUGUCUGAAUCAGUGUCUGAAUCUUCCAGAUGUUA